GAGGAACGGCGUCGGUGCGCGAAGACUCGGCCGACGCCGUGCGUGGACGCACGUGGACGUCGGCAACGGACGCGUCUCGCGCCUCACGGAACCGACCCGAACCGUUAGGACGGUUUUACGUACGAGCUGGGGCGAUCGAUCGCGCGUUCUACAGCGACGCGCCGUAACCGACGCCGGAGAAACCGAGCGACGGCGACCAAGUUGCGCGCGGUCCGUCGCACCGCGUUGCACCGCCGUCGCCGUCACCCACACGUCUCUCGGCCGAGAGCGUCGCGUCGCGCAGUGCGUGUCGCGCGCGUGGCCGACGCGCAAAAAGGACGCCUGCCAUCGGGUGGGACGCGUUUCUACCCUCUGGCUGGCUUCGGCCGCGUGACGUAAUCCAUUCAAGCGCUUACUACGCAAUACAAGACACCAUCAUCCCCCUUUCUCUCUCUCUCUUGCGCGUAGCCGUGUGCCUUCUCGCUCUCCCUCGCUCGCUCGUUCGUUCCCUCCGUCUGCCGUCUCGAUUCGUCUCUUUCUCUCUUUCUCCCGAUCGCGCUCCGUCGCGCCCGCUCAAUGCCUGCGACCUCUCGCCUGGCCGCCGAUCCCCCUCGCCGUCGCGUCGCGUCGUGGCGCGCCCUCCUUCCUCUGUUUUGAUCGUUCGCCGCCGGCGCGAGGGUGCUCGACGCGACUCGGCGAGACGAGACCGCGAUUCGACGGAGAAAACGACGCGAGGUCCAGAGGUUCACGUGCUCGUCGAUGUUCCUACGGCAUUCUCUACUACCGUGUGCAUUCGUUGCCCAGGACGGUGCGGCCAUCCGGGUCGCGCGAAGCGUCUCGGAACGCGUGCCCGACCGCGGCCGCGACGUGAGGUUUCACGCGCGCGUCACGCGAGAACGAGCCUGAGCGGCUCGCUGGGCGAAUCCAGCGGGUAGCCGAACAACUGCGACGAAGUUAGCCGCAACUCGUGCGAGAGGCGCGUUGACCGACGGGCCUAGAGAGAGGUUGGCGCUUCCACGCCGUAUAUCUUUCUCCGCUCCUCGCCGACCGCGCGCGCGAACGUCCGACGACGCGACUCUAUUUACCCGCCGCCAACGUCCACCAGCCGUGCACUACACAUUUACGACUGUGUUGAUUUAUGUAAUACGAGUAUUAUGUCAGUGUCAAUAUAAGCCGAGAGCUCGCAGGGACUCGCGACCGCACUUACUGCUAAAUAUAUGGUGAGCGCGGGCGUCGAAGCGCCUCGUGUGCGAGAUCCGCCCUCUCCGAUCUUCCUGCUUCUUCUCGCGUCUUUCCUCUCUUUCGCGCCUUCUUUCCUACCUAGAAUCCCCGCGAAGGUGGUGUAGGUGUACGUACGUUUGUCCGUCCGUCCGAUCGACGGAACGACGUGCGUGCGACGUGUGUGCGUCUCGCACGCGACAAGAAAGAGAGAGAAAGAGGUGCGUGCGUCGUAUUCGGUUUCGUGUGCGUCGCGUCGCGUACGCGUCCCGUCGCCGCGUCGCCCUUGACGCGCAACGUGCGGGAAGCGUGGAGGAACGCCGUGAAUUUCGCUGCCGUGAGUGCGGCUCCUGCCUACGAGUCGACGGACGCUCCUCGACGUGAACACAACGACGCAUCGUGAACUGUGUGUAUUGACGCGUGAUACCGUGACUGUUGCGUCGCCGUAAUGAGGAGAGUUACGGCGAUCGGAUGAUUGGCAGCGCGAGCGACCGUUCAGCGUUCAACGGACGCUUAUCUCUUAUCGAGCUGAAGCCGAAGUGAUCUCGGGCUAUCGGCAUGGCAAAUAAUGUGGGACAUGGCAGUCGCAGUACUCCAGUGAUUGCAUUAUCGACGCGCCAACGACGUCGGCCGGUUCCAUUUUCCGUCAAAGGAACGACGCUGCAUCCACGGCCCAAAUAAUUACGGCGCAAUUAUGAGGGCCAAAAAGUACUUCGUCUUCAACAAGAAGAUAAUCUGAAGAGAUUACAGCGUGCAAGCGUUCCCACCUGCGAUCGAGAGGGUCCCUCGCGCGAUUCUGCGGACUUCCGGACACCCCGCAGCAUCCGGAAGACACCGUCCGCGGAGCUCAAAACAAUCUCCCUCACCCGGAAAGCGAACACGCCUGCACGAGCGCGGGAGGAGACUCAACAGGGUUCACGCGAGCCUGGACGAACGUCGGACGGUCGAUCGAUUGCGAGGGAAAAGAAGAGAGACGAGGGAGACCGUGAGACGACUAGUCUGAGGUGUUUUUCUCGCGCGGAAACUCGUCGUUUAAAUCUGCAGUCUCGUAAUCCCCGCUUCGUGAAGUUCAAGAGCUGUUCGCAGUAAUCGAACGGAAUCGAAGCUCCGCAGGGGAGGAAAACAAACGACAGGGAAGAAGAAGAAGAAAAGAAGACGAGAACCCGCGCGGCGCGGCAGCGCCGAGAGCGUGAAUCGUCGAUCAAUCAAAGAAAACGAGAGUGGUGGUCUCGCGGCGGGCCACGUGGGGGAACAGAAUUGGGAACGAUUAAACGGUAGGACCCAAGCGUGCGGUGUUCAAUGAGACAGGGCGAUGAGGACGAGGAAGUCGCUGCUGCCGAUCGUUGUGCUGUGCGUCACGGUGGUGGACCUGGCGCUCUGCCAGGAAAAGAGGUGGUCGAAAACGGCGACCACGAAGCAUCGGGACAAGAGCGCCAAGGGCAAGUACGAGCUUGAUUACGCGGACAGGACCAGGGAGGAAGAGGAGGAGGAAACGGCAGACUCGAGGGAGUUUUACCACGAUCGCGGGGCGGCCGCGGCCGUUACAUCUGGCUACCACGUGCCCCGAUUCAUUGACGAGUUGGCCGCCUUCAGGAACAAUCGCGCGAUCGAUAGCUCUAGACCCAUAAGCGUCAGGUUCAAAGACAAUCAGCAGUCUAGUCAAUCGUCGAAUUUGCCCAAGUUGCACGCGAAAUCGAGCGAGGAAGUGGGACGGGAAAAGGGUCGCCGGUACAAGAACGUGACCAUCGGGGACGGCAUUUGUCAGAGCAUUGAUAUCCGGAACAGCGUGUACUUCUUCUCGAUACUGAAAGAUUGCCGCGUGAUCGAGGGCUUCCUACAAAUUGUCCUGAUCGAGAACAAUAUCGAGGCGGAUUUCGAGAACGUCAGCUUUCCGGAACUGCGAGAGAUCACCGGCUACCUGCUCCUGUACCGCGUGGACGGUCUGAAGAGCCUCAACAAACUUUUUCCGAAUCUCGAGGUGAUCCGGGGCGACAUACUCCUCACGGACUACGCCUUCAUGAUUUACGAGAUGAAGAACCUGCAAGAGAUCGGCCUCAACAAUCUGUCGAAGAUCUCCCGGGGUGGCGUGCGCAUCGAGAAGAAUCCCGCUCUCUGCUUCACGAAUACCUUGAAUUGGAACCUGAUCGUGCCGGCGGGUGAGAAUUUCAUCAAGGAUAACAGGAACGUGCAGAGCUGCCCGCAUGUGAAAGGAUGCUCCCAAUGUCCUAGUGGUUACUGUUGGACAGCCCAACACUGCCAGAAACUGGAGAGGUCGAAUUGUCACCCGCAAUGCCUCGGGGAAUGUUACGGCCCGAGCGACAGCGAUUGUUACGUGUGCAAGCACUAUCGGCAUGAGGGGAAAUGCGUGGAGAAUUGUCCGCCCAAUUUAUACGCGUACCUCUCGAGACGAUGCAUCAGCAAGGACGAGUGCCAGAAGAUGAACCGUAUCAGAAGAGUUUCCAAACUGGAGGACAUGCAGAUCUGGCGACCGUUCAACGGCUCUUGCGUCACUCAGUGCCCUGACGGCUUCGAGGAUGACAUUGACGAGAAAAACGCAACAACCUGCCGAGUUUGUAGAGGACGGUGUCGCAAGAUUGGCAACGGCGCGAUCAUACGUCACAUUUCGGACGCCCAGAGCUUUCGCGGCAUCACGGUGGUGAAGGGAGCCCUGGAGUUCCAGAUCAGGAACGGGAAUCCAAACAUCAUGAACGAGCUGGCGGACGCGUUCGGUCAAAUCGAGGAGAUCACUGAAUACUUGAAGAUCACGCACUCAUUCCCGAUCACGUCGUUGAGUUUCUUCAAAAAACUCAAAGUGAUCAAGGGCGAUUCUCUGGACAUUAAUAACGCGAGUCUAGUGGUGCUGGACAAUCCGAAUCUCUCGUCUCUGUUCCCACCAUCGCAGAAGAUCACGAUGGAGAACGGUCGAUUGUUCUUCCACUAUAAUCCCAAGCUCUGUCUCUCCAAGAUCGAGCAAUUCGGCCAGAUGGUGAACAUUACGAAUUUUACUGAUCUCGAGGUACAGCCGGAAUCGAACGGCGAUAAAGUCGCCUGCAACAUCGUCAACAUCAAUAUUACGGUAAAGAAACGUGGCGCGGAUCACGUGGACCUGAUUUGGGACAGCUACAAGCCGCCAGAGGGCCAGCAGCUGCUUAACUACCUGCUAAGCUACAUCGAGACCGAUAACGAGAACAUAACGUAUGAGGCGAACGCGUGUGGCAACAACACCUGGCAGAUCGUCGAUGUCGAUAUACCAAUUUGGAAUCUGACCGUUACCAAGCACAUUGCCAAUCUGAAGCCGUACACCAAGUAUGCCGCGUACGUGAAGACGUUUACGGCGAGGAACAAGAAGUCAUUUACGAGCCCAGUGGGCCAGUCGGAGAUCAUCUUCUUCUGGACGAAGAGCGCGGUACCGUCGAUGCCGACAAACGUGACGUCAGUCGCGAUAAGCGACAGCGAGAUCCUGCUCAAGUGGAAUUCGCCGGAGUACCCGAAUGGCCCCAUCGGCUACUACUUGAUCACCAACACAUUACGACUGGACGACGAGGACCUGGUUGCCUCUCGGGAUUACUGCGCGGAGCCGCUGAUCAACGAAGUUGAAAAGGAGGAAACGCACGAGGUAACUAUCAAGACGCCGUUGAUCUCGAUUCCCGGUACCUGUUGUACCAAAGACGCGGCAGCGAAGCUCGCGAUCUCCAAGCAGUUUGGGAUAUUCUGCCACGAGAACAUGACGAUCAGCUACGAGUCACCUGGCUGGAGGGACUACUGCGUCUUCAACAGUUACAACUCACCGGAGAAGUUCUACGACCUGGCGAACAACCUGUCGUCUACGUCGACGUAUGAACAUCAGCACGAGACGUCAAGCGUCACGAUCAAUCGGCCGUCGGAGUACACUGUGAUGUUUAAUGUGAGCGCGCGGAACAAUUCGUACAUCCUGCGGAAGCUGCAUCACUACUCCCUAUACACGAUCACGAUCGCCGCGUGUGGCAUGAAAGUGGACGACGACACGGCCAUGUGCUCGUCGAUCCAAUAUGCGAACGCGCGAACGAAGAGACAGCCACACGCGGAUGACAUUCACGGCGUCAGAGUCCAUGUGACGAACGAAACGAUAGUCGAGGUGGUCUGGGAGCCGGUGAAGAACCCGAACGCGUUUACCGUCUCGUACACGAUUGAGUACACGAAUCUAGACGUGAAAGACGCGAAAAAGAGCACCGAAUGCAUACCGUAUCGCGGCAGGCGGCAGCACAGCCACUACAUCAGGAACCUCAGUCCGGGCCGGUACAGCCUGAGAAUGCGUUCGACGUCGUUGGCAGGCGACGGCGCCUUCAGCGACACGAUUCACUUCUCCGUCGGUUUGUCGAACACCAAGUGGAUAAUACCGGUGUCAACAAUUCUAAUGAUAUUGCUCGUCGGUGCUAUUAUAGCGUGUCUCUUGUUGAAGAAUCAGCAGCGUAAGAAGACGCAAGAGCGACUGUUCGCCAGUGUGAAUCCAGAUUACAUCGAAACCAAGUACGUAGUCGAUAGCUGGGAAGUGCCGCGAGAAAAGGUGGAGGUCCUGUGUGAACUCGGUAUGGGUAACUUCGGCAUGGUGUAUCGGGGACGGUUGAACGGUGACGUGUAUGUGGCCAUCAAGACCAUCGCCGCCGAUUGCAGUCAGCGUGAGAUUAAUGAGUUCUUGAAUGAGGCGUCGGUGAUGAAGAACUUCUCGACGUUUCACAUUGUCAAGCUGAUGGGCGUGGUGUCGAUCGGCAAUCCGCCGUAUGUCGUCAUGGAGUUGAUGGAGAACGGUGACCUCAAGACGUAUCUGCGAAGCAUACGCGACACCCAGAUGGUGCCGAACGCGUCGCGGAUAAUGCGGAUGGCGGCAGAGAUCGCGGACGGCAUGGCGUAUCUCGAGUCGAAGAAGUUCGUACAUCGGGAUCUGGCCGCGCGCAACUGCAUGGUGUCCAGAGAUCUCGUAUGCAAGAUCGGCGACUUCGGUAUGGCGCGCGACAUCUACGAGACUGACUAUUACAAGAUCGGCAAGAAGGGAUUGCUGCCAAUACGCUGGAUGGCGCCUGAGAAUCUCUCGGACGGCGUGUUCACGUCCGACUCGGACGUGUGGUCGUUCGGCGUGGUGCUAUUCGAGAUCCUCACCCUCGCCGAGAUACCAUAUCAGGGACUCUCGAACGAAGAGGUGUUAAACCACGUACUGCACAAAGGAGUACUCAACGCGCCGCGCAACUGCCCCGAGACUGUACAGAAGAUCAUGGAGAAGUGUUUCAAGUGGCGACCGAGUGAUCGUCCCACAUUCAUGGAGAUCGUCGCCGAGCUGGAGCCGUUCCUGGGCCAGGAUUUCUGCGAGAACUCGUUCUACCACUCGGACGAGGGUACUGAGAUACGCAACCUGGGCAUCAAAAAAGUCUACCAUCACGCAGCGCCAAUACGUUUCCACUGGGGCAACGAGACUGCUCGAUGGGUCAAAGACUUUGAAGAUAACGUCACGCUGCUCGAUCAGAUGAAGGCGAGCACCAGCCGCGGCAGGAUCUUUAAGAAUGGCUUUCAGCAUGUUGGCAACGUGAGUAACUUCGAGGACGUGCCGCUCGAUCGAUGAGACCCAGCCGGUCACUCGCGGCAAGCGAAAACCCUCGAAGCCCCCCCGGUCGCGAAAUCUGGUGCGGGGAAGGACUUGUAGAUAGUAACGUGUACAAACAAUACUCAGGUCCAAUACGCGAGUGUUGGUCCGACGAGAUUAUUGGACGGAAAGUACGUGAGAGAUGUUACCAAGUCGCCGGCUCACUAGCUCGCUCGUUUGUUCGCCGGCAUAGCGAUGAGUAUCUUUUCUUUGUUUUUCUUUUCGUGUUCUGCUCUCGUUGCGGACCACACGUAAUCAGAUCUUGACGGUGGACAGCGAUGCGGGAAACCGUCGCAUUGGCUCGCGACGAUGCUGUUGCGAGUCGGCGCGUCGGGAAGGAUAGUGGUGUUCGCAGUAGAAAGCCGAGUAGUUGAACAAUUAUAGAUAAGUAGCCACAUAGCGUUUCUGUCCCCCCGUUGAGCGGAAGCCGCAGCUACUUGCAUCCGGGCGUGUUUCGCUUUUCGGAGCACGUCGCGCGGCUUCUCUCCUAUGAAAGAGCUCUUCGUUCCUUUCGGGAUUAUUCCUUUUGUUCUUCGUGCGAGUCUUGAAGCAGCCAUUUCCGAACGUCAUUCGUGUUACUUUACAAUAACUGAAGAAUUUCACUAUUUCUGGAUUAUUAUAAAAUCGCAUUCUUUUGGUCUUUUAAUAUAUAGAUAGAACGCAAGCAAGAACAAUAAGUUUAGAAUUGUUUCUCGUUAAAAAAAUAAUUCUGAAAAACAAGGAGAGAAACUCGCGUUAGAUCGCGGCACGAACAUGCAUAUUAAUUGGUCCACCCUUUCAGCGAGCGUGUAAUAGACUCCGUGUCUUACUUCAUUUCUUAUCUCGGUCGCUCGAGGAAUGCUGUUUCAGGAUUGCUAAACUCGGGGCGGAGAGCCGGAGAGGAGAACGAUUUCUAGAAACCAGAGUUCCUUGUCGCAAACACACGUAUCCGCAACACAAAGCGCCGCAGUGUAAUCUCAAGGUUGUAAAUAGUUACUGUUUUAAUCGCGGCUUCACGUAACGGUAGCUUACGGAGAACCGGAUAUAAUACGCGCGCGCGUAAGCCCCAUAACAAGUAAUAACUUAUUGAGAGAGUUUUAAAAGACAGCAACUUCAUCCUCGCAUACGUAUGUAAAUAGAAGUCACAGGUUUCUUCUUUGAAGUAAGUACCUCUAUAGAUAAUCAUCAUCUCGCAAUAAGUCCAUAUACAAUUCAAGAUGCACAUCUUCACGAUGAACGCGUAGCAUGUAUAAGAAGAACAAGGCAAAUGUGAAUCUUUGAAGAGCUCACAAAGGACGCCGUAAAGACGCCGAGCGUUUGCGUUCAGGAUUUCUGAACGAAACUGCGUAGACUUUUCCUGAGAACGUUGAGAAUUGAGUGAGUCGCGAACAAUCAGUAGAUAGGUAAUAACGAGACAAACUUAGGUGAUAGACCAGAUGCAAUACGUUGAAAAUCGCUGGAACGGAUCUCGUCAGACGUCGAGGUUUUAUUCUGUGAAGAGUUUUGCAGAAACGGCGUGUCUUGUAACGUCAAAGCAAGCCAUUUCUCAGUAUUGUCGUUUUAUUUUUUUUUCUUCAAUGUUUACAUUUCUUUGAAUGGCUUUUGAAAUAUUGCAUUUAAUUUUAAUAUUGAUGGAACAAUAUUAACGCAAUCCCCUUAUACAUAAUGCAGUCGGGAAAAUUGCGCUGUUAUUUAAAUUUUAAAGCAAGCUAUUUCUUUAUUUAAAAAGUUUGCUUUUUGUUCCGUAUUGGCGCAAACGUUGCAAACGACCUCGAAGAGCUUUCAAGAUUCGUUCCGCUCCUGUAGAAUCUUUCCAAACCUCUUGGAGAGGGUUUCACAGAGAUCACGGUGUCUCACAUGUACAGAAAUAGUAGAUGAAAAGAGAUGUUUACGACAAAAGAAAGUAUAACACCGAAUUUUUUAAUUGUAUUCGCGUUAUCGGAUAAUUUGUACAGUAUAAAAGUUAUCGCACGUGUAUAUACUCCGUUGUCCCGGCAAGGGAGCAGCAAACCUUCCGAUAUUUAAUAACAAGUGUACAUACGCGAUGAAAAAAAAAAAGAGAGAGAGAGCGUAUCGGAACGCGUCGCACAAUUAGAAAAAUAGGAAAUACGCGAUGUUUCAAAACACGUCGGUCGAGUAGGAAACGGGGGAAGAGAAGAUUGCGCGUCGCGCGAACACCGAUCGACGAGAAAAAAAAAGAUAAUGAAGAAAAAUGCUGAUGUAAACUAUGCAGCGAAUCAAUUCGAGAUAUAUUUUAAUACGGUAAAAAUUGGAAAAAUUCGUCGAUCGCUCCGCGACGUGUUCCAACUCGAGAAGGGGGCCUGGCUGAUGCGAUUGAUCCCGCCGAUGGCGUUUCUCUCAAGCAAUCCAGCCUUGAUUUAUGGGAUGGAAACAACCGACGCCACGGGACUCGAGGAAGCUCGGAAGUUACGGGGACGCGAGCGGAAUCGCUUCCGGGUCUGGUACGCGAAAUAGGCUUCCGGGCUAUCACGCGUCGCCCCCGUCUCGGCAUCCCCCUCGGUGAGAGCGCGGUAAUUAGUAAUAACGACCGACGUAAUUGCGACGCAUUCCGCAACGGGGACAACUGGAAUCGCUCCCCCGUGUAAUAAUACCGGAUUACGGUUUUCGCGUCCCGGUACCGCUUUGUCGUGCCCAGCAUGGGGCGCAGCAACGCGUCAGCUGAAUCUCUUUUGUCCAGCGCGACAAUCAGCACGAUUCGUACGCGGCUCUCAUAGGAGGAUUGGUAUAUUACAACCGCGCGUAUACUGAUAGAGUCCGAUUUUUAUCUCCGAAAAGCGUCGUGCCCUCGCUCGCGGCUGACUCUUUCGCCGUAUCAAAGACACGUGCGACGAGCAUUUUUAUAGUAGCAGAAAUAUCUCAGAUUAGUAGCUGCAUAAGACUCGCGUGCCCUCCUCGCAAACUUUGACGUAUUCACAUAAGAGUAAGAUUGCGAUAAGUUUAUAAGUAGGAACAAGUAUCUCCAACAGCGCAACGCUUACAGCUCUCGCUGUAAAUAUCAAAGAUAUAUCCGCGCAGAGUCGUACUUGAAGAGUGACGACUUGGCGCGCGACGAACUUGUAGAAUUAUCGAAUUUUGCAUUAUUAGAAUAUCUCGUCCAUGAGGAAUUAAACGGAAGGGAAUAUUCAAUGAACGCGUUUCGUGAUAUACGCGAUCAAAUGUCGCUGUCGCGAAGCGAGCUUUGCAGCGCGCGUAUCACAUUUAUUUCUGCAUAUUUCGAGAAACCGCUGACCUGCUGGAUUUCCGACAUCGCCGCAAGUACGAACGUUACGCGAUAUUAAAGUCUCGUCCGUUUCAACAGAGGCCCUGUCACACGAGACAGAAUUCGCGAUAGCCUGCGCGCGAAACUCGAUUAAAUGACAAGUUAAAUUGACAGUCGUGGAAAAUCACGCGUCGUGCUCGUGCUUUUACCUCGCUGAAUCCGGGACGCUCGAGCUGCUAAAUAAAAAUCACUAUUUAAAUAAUGCGCUCGACAGUCUGUAUUUAUACACCGAGCACCGAACAAACGUUACACACCACACGUUCGCGUGUAUCUUCGAUCGUCGCGUUUGCGACGAUCGCCAGCGUUCACCAUAGCAAUACUAUUAGCAUCCUCGCUACUAUAUUUUACCGUAACUGCUCAGUAUAAUAUUUAAACGCUCGCGCAGUACCGCGUGGCCGAAACAAACGUCCUCGACGAGGAACAGACACGUUUCGGAAGCCUAGCAUCGGAAUUUCGGUGUUUUCUGUACUCGGCGACAACGUUCGCACCGGAACCUCCGGUUCGCCGAGAAGACACCGCUCGCUCGAUAAUUACGGUGUAAUUACGGCAUAUUGAUACUCCGUGAACCUUGAAUAAUCACAAGCAAUCGAUGCAUCGCCUGAUGGACUAUGAUAUUUUGCGUAAUGCUAUCUACUAAUUAAGGCUCUCGAAGAGAAUAUUGUUAGCGCAAUACAGAGUAUCACACCCGAUCGCCCUCAUUGUUUUCGCAUAAUGGUACGAAUAGCGUUUCUCGACUUCGGGGAAAUUACUUGUGCCACGUGUAACGUAGAAUUGUCCCGAUUAAUUGAGUCGACGAUCUUGAUGACGAUGCCGAUGUUGCGCCCCCGAUGCGAUCGCAACGUCACGGUCCCCGCCGCAGCGUCGCCACGAAAGUAAUAUAUGACACGUAUAUAUUUAAGUACACAUACUUAUUUCUACUAGAGAUUAUAUAUAUAUAUAUAUAUACAUUUAUAUAAAUAGGUAUAUAUUUUGUUAUAUUGUACGCUUAGGCGCUUGCACAUCGCGCUCGCAAUUGAGACGGUGGAACGCGAUAUCGACCGUUCUCCAUCCUCCUGCGAACUGCUCCCGCCAUGAAGGAGAAGAAGGCUCACCAUAAAUAAUCAUCAGGGUCUUAGAAGUAGUUCAUAUCGCUGCAUCUCUCCGUGUUCCUGUCUCUCCUUUCCGUGAGAGAAGCAAGCAAACAAGCACCUGCCGCGCUUCCGCGAUGCAUCACGAGCCACAGUAACAAGUGCCGUACACACGGAGUUUCGUUCCUCGCCUCGCUCUUCGCUUCACUCUUCGUCUCUUUCUCAUCCGUAAAGUAUUCCGCGCCCCAUUCGUUUGUCCUCCUUCGUUAUUACUUCGAGCGUGUCUCGAGUCGUAAGAACGGGAAUAUCGAACUUGGAGGAAGACACGCCGCGACUUCGGAUUCUCUUUCCUGACCGAAAAAGAGUUUCUUCGGAAUCGGGUAUCGGAAAGGUGGUGACGUUAUCGUCGUCCUUACGGUAUCGGUAUCUCUCGGCUUGACCGGUAUCGCUCGACUUUACUCACACCCGUUAAGUGCAGAUGUAUUUUUUAUUCACGCUCUUUAUGCUUGACGAAGCCGCUUCGUUCAUCGCCGAGUCGCGCUGGCAAAGUCGCCACUCAUGAAAAACGGAGAUCCUUUAACGGGAGGAGGCGACCGAGCGAGGAAUCGGAGAACGUCGGUCGCGAUAAUGAAUCAUCGUCGUGCGAUUUAAGGAUUCGCGUCGAGUCAGCGUCUCCGAUCGCGUCUCGCUUUCUGCGACCGUUACAUUUGUUCCUUGAAGGAUACAGGCGAGUCGCGCACCUAGUCAAUCUCGUAAAACACGAUUAAUCACGUCCCGCAUACGUCACCAUACUGGAAUAUUGAGAUUUUUUAGGGGAGCUGGGUCUUUCGCGAUCACCGGAUACGAACGAUUUAAAAUUUCUCGCAGUUUAUCCUCCACUCGGCAAAAUCGCGGUUAAAAUUCUAAUGUUUUUUUCACGUGCAAUGAGAGUAAUUCCCUGUCGCCGUUAGCUCGGAACAACUCGCUUGGACACGCGCGUUUUUCCCGCUUCGCGCUCCGUUUCACCGGAAUGGCGUGAAUAAAAUUAUUCUAUUCGAUCGGCUAGUCGAUGUGCCUAGUAAUAAAAGGAGGAUAUUUAUUCGAACGCGGACUCCAUCUCUCUCGAUCGGCGAAGCCGAAUUUUGCAAAGAGCACAAUCGCAAUCCAAGCAAUCGCGGGUCGCAAUCGAAUCGCCGCCUCACGCGAAGGAGUUCUCACGCGACGAAAUACAUAGUGUGCUUCUGAUAUCUGGACCUCUCAGUUGCGAUCAUGAUCCAAUGCAAUUCCACUCGGAAACCGCUCGUUCGUGAAACACGAUGGAACGCAGAAGGCAUGCAUCGCGUUCUUCGGCCCGUUGCAAACCUCGUUUCUUGUACAUUGAACUUGUUCCUCGCGAAAAGUCGGUGAUACCGUUGCGGCUGAUGUUUUCUACAUUGUACAGAAUUAGAAAAGGGUUCGGAUGUGUAUCCGAGCUCCUCGCACUAGCGCGUGUAUAUACGAACGUACAUCAAUGUACUCUGUACAUAUAAUAAAUAUAGAGAACCUUGGGGGAGACUAAGUGAUCGAUUGCACGAACAAACAAUAUUAAUAUAAUGACUCGGCGUGUUCGUUUAUGUUUCAUAGACAGUCAGAAUUCUCUCGGAUUCUCUUAAUUAUCUUUUCCCGACAAGACUCCUCGAGAUGAAUUCGCAUGCACGCGAUUUUCAUCGCAUCAAGAGAUUUUUUUCGACGUUCGAGAGAUGAGAAGGAACGUUUCUCCUUAUCAUCGUCGACCGCCGUCCCCUACAUUUCUUGAUAAUACCGUAACCGGGAUAAUAUCGGGAUAAAUAUCGUAGCACGAUCGCUCGGUCAGAUCCCGUAUCUAGUAUUAUUUCAGGGAGCGCGGCCUAUUUAGUGGAUUAACCGAUUCAUUUAUUAAUCCGUAAUUGACUACGAGUCUCGAGUGGUCCAAUCACUGACUAACUAACGUUACCGAUUAACAUGUUAACACAUAUGUAUUUCAUUGUUUUUAUUAAUGUACGCUGUACGCAUAUUCACGCACAAGUAGGGACGUAAACCUGGCGCGAGUAUUUACUCCGCGCAUUUAAUCGAUCGUCGCGCGUGACGUUCUUUUUCUUCUUCUUCUUCAAUAGAAUGGCAUAUUGGUCCAAGUCCAAAGGUAGACUUGAUGAAAUCUAUUGAUAUGGUGAAUUAAAGGCAUAAGUCGCUCAUGAGAUAAACCGAGUAUAAGAUGAUGCGUGGUGCGAUAUUCAAAAUCCUCCCCAACUCACCGUUAAGUCCUCUUAAGGAUGUGAUAUUGAUAAAAAUUGCUUCAAAUGAACAUAUCAUAGAACCUCAAAGAGGAAGGAGUCUAGCAGUAAGUUUUUUUAACAUUGGAAAAAUAUUAGCAGGAUAAUGAGGAAAUUGGUGUUUAAUAUAAUUAAUUAAAUUGCGCUACUUAGCAAUGAAUGAGUAUGAAAAUACCAAAAAUAUUAAGUUAAACGGAAAGUUCGUUCCGUUUUCUGCAAAAGAUGAUUCCGGAUGGAAAUAGACGUGUCUAUUUUACUGAAAUGUGCUAAUCUUAUUCAAAUGACUUCAAGCGGUAAAAUUUGACAAAUAACAAACCGACGCGCAUUUUAAAAAGAUUGGUUGCGUUUCGGGUAUUUGGCAUCAAUUCAAAACUGGAUAAAAAUAACGUGCAUUUUGGCAUCCUACGCUCUUUUACUUUAAAAUAGACGCAAGAAUGCAACUCUAACUCGAAAAAAGAUUUAUGCGGUGUAUGGAGAGGAUUCUGUAAGCGAACGAAUGUGCGGAAAGUGGUUUGCGAAAUUUCCUGCUGGUGAUUUUUGGCACGACAAUGCACCACGCUCAGAACAGCUGAUCAAAGUUGAUGACAACCAAAUCAAAACACAGAUCGAAAAUGUUCCACGAUAUACAACUCGAAUAGCAAAACAAUUCUAAAAUAUCGCACACAGCAAACAGUUGUUGGACAAUUACAUAUGCUUCUUGAUUACGUUAGUCGUUUCGAUGUUCAGGUAUCGCAUAAUUUGUCGCAGAAAGAUUGGAUUCGAUAAUCAGUAAACGGCGCAAAUAAAAUCAAAAGGAAAUUGAAAUUCUGAAGAAGAAAAAGGACAUAUUUAAAAUAAUUAAAAGAAAAUUUACAAUUGUCCAAAGCGAUAUUAAAUUGUACACCAGGACAAUAAACAUUUGUUGUAACUAUUUGGUUUGACCGAAAAGUUCAUGCUGAUCUCUUAGCAAAAUUCAAAUGCAAAAUUCUGCAUUAAGAAUUAAUUGUUUUGCAUUACCGGAAAAUUUUUUCGGCAAGCUUUACACGCAAAGCGACUUAUGCCUUUGUAUUAAUUCUUAAUUGCUAAGUCGAGUUUUAUGUUCGAAUUUUGGCAAGGAAGUCGGCAUGGACUUUCCAUUCAAUCCAUACGUUCUAUUCGUUAAUUCAAACAAAAGUCCGCGCGCGACGUUAUCUUAACCGUUUCGACGUGCCGGGUAAGACGAAAUCUUUAAGAAGUAUUUAUUAAAAAAAAAGAAAGAAACUUCGUUCUAGAUCGUAAAUGUCGCGACACGUUACGCGUUUGUACAGCACUCCGCUCGAUUAGUGGAUUAAUGGCGUAUGAUUCAAGUACGUAUGACUUUAACAUAGGCUUAAGUUCAACAUGCGCGCGAUAUUAAUCGGAACGCUAUCAAUAACGCCGUUCUCGAAUUGGGGUUUUGGAUUACAUCCACACUAAGAAACCUUGGGAUGCCGUGUGACCAUUCCGAGAAAACGCCGUGACUAACUGCAUCUGCGAGAAUCGAUUGAAGAUGAAAUCUGUAUUAUUGCGCUCGUAUCGACGAUGUAUGCACUGUAAAACGACAAACGUACACAAACUGCCAUUAUUCUUAAGCUCGUUCGGAUUCUUGGUGCAGUAAACGUGAGCAACUCUUUAUCGAUCGUUUCGAAUCUGCAAAUUAGACAGAUAUUUUUGAAGGUACAUCUUUACUGUAUGAACCGUGAGAAUCAAAUCCGUUCAACAAAGACUGUUGUUGUUCACCGCUUUUUCUACACUCCAUGUUUACCAAAUUUUACUCCAUGCUCCGAUAUCAAAAACGGUUGCACUGAAUACAUAUUUACCGCAGUCGAGAAACUUGACAGAUAAAGAUGGAGAAAGGCGUUCUCGCCGAAGCAAUGCUCUCCCUACCGUUUUAAACUGCCGAGUCUGUUGUAUUUCACGUUGAUUGAUUCACACGUGCAUAUAUAGUCUGUGUCGAGCGUGAUGAACGUCGAAUUUUUUGUUGUCACGAGCGUCCUCGAGAUCCGGUUCGGCGAUCGGAUUCUGAGAGGCGUUUGAUCAUUAGCAGUUCCGAUUGAUCACCGUUCCAAUCGCGGUACCGAUCGCGCGGAUCACGUACCAAUGUACAUAUACUAUACAUACAGUUGCAGAUGCAUGAGAAUACUAAUGGACUGAUACUGAAGACUUUAGCUUUAAAUUAGCCGUCGUCGUCACCGCCGUCGUGUCCGACGGUUUUUCCUCUUCGCAUCGAUGAAACCGUUGGCGGAGCACGCGGUGGAAUUACUACCUGCAGGCUAUCCUGAUGGUAUAACGUAUUCCGCAAACGCUAUGCGAAGCACGAGUCGAUGCACGCGUUAUGGCUCAUAAAUGAAUUUCGUGACGUUCACUGCGGGGAACUGUGAAAUGAUCGAUACGCAAUUAUGCAGGACUUCAAAAUCAGUUAUCGUUACACGUGCUGGACUUCAUUGAGAAUUACGCGGCCAAUGGCGUAAUAUGUAUUUCCCGUCUGCAGCGGGAAUUUUAAUAUUAUGAAUUAUGAUACAGCUCUAAUAUGCAUAAUUAUAAUAUUAUAUUAUAAUUAAUAUAAUUAUAAAUUAUAAUAUUAUUCUAGGCUAUGGAUUUUCCAUGUACAUAUCGGAAUAGUAUCGGAGAGCGGAAUAAUGUUCUCGUGCGAAUUUUCUCCUUUAAACUUGUGCGGUUUUGCUCUAUUUUAAUACUAAUAUUUAUAUCUUUCGAUUGUAGACGGCAGAGAUUUAUAAAUCGAUUUAUUAAUUCUCUGCAAUGGAAAGUUGAUUAUAAGCUAACGGACAGAAUACUCAGCUUUCGUCGUGUAACGAUAAUUCCGGCGCUUCAGGAAAAUUCAGGCGUAAAUAAUUAGAGAAGUGAGAUUCAGCGCUUUCAGUGUUUCCUGAGACGACCCGUAGAAGACUCAUUGCUCAUGGAAGUUCACAUGUGCAUCGCGCAUUUCUUCAGAUCGAGUUUCGCCCUUCGAUUUCUACUGUUACUCCCGCCGACAAAAUCACGCGAAAUAAUUAUUAGAAAAAUAAUAUUCUACGUUGUAUACGAAUAUAUGUUUCUUCAUUCAUGGGAUGUACACGAUGGCUUUAAACGCGGUUCAACGAGAGAUCGAUCUUAAAUAGAAUUGGACUUGUACAGUAAAAUGCGAGGACGAAAGAGACGCAAUCGCACGGGUCGCCUGUCCGUAGAAAAUUUUCUUGUCGAUCGACUUGCGAAUGUCGAAUUCUAAGAAUUCAAGAAAUCGAUUUCAUCAUCGCCGAAUGCCGGUCUUCGUGUUGCAAUGUUUCGUUAUUUUUACCGCGUGGCAUCGCACACAAAAAUAAGUAUACACGAAUCUGAUUACGAGAUCUCAAGUACUCUUAUCAAUUUUUCAAAUGAUAAAAGUAUUUAUUCACGCAAAUAUUUAACUUUUUUUCAAGCAAAACAAUAGCAUGCGAAAUGUUUCAGUUUGCAAAGCGAAGAGAGACGAGCUCGUUUUCCUUUUUAUUUUCAGAUCCGAAACGAAAAUUCCGAUGUCUGUUACCUCGCUCGCUCGAUUGUAAAACUGAAUAAUGAUAUGUAAGAGCCCUUACGAGCUGAUUUACGAAUCUGUCAGACUUCUCGUUUAGCUUUUACGCGCGCAGGUUUACGAUGAUUUCUUGUCCACACGGGACGUCGGUAAAGAUUUACAGCGAAUCUACCCGACGUAAACGGAGACCGUAGAUCUCUCGAAGGAAGAGAUUCCGCGCAUUGAGCGGCUAUAAACUUUCGUCCUCGUAAUUUUUCUCGCGUUAAUCAAUUAUUUAUUAAAAUCCACAUGUGAUUUAUAGCGUACACCGGCAUAUUCCUCAUCUCCUCGCGACGUGCACACAAUUGGUACCAUUCAGGAUCCGAUCCGUGCGGAUUCUCUUCUCAUUUAGGAAAUAAACGCAUUUAUUGUCCGAGAGUGUCCCGAGCGGAUAGAACACGCAGCAUUUACACGGCAGGCCUUCGUGGUUUUCCGGUUACGUAUGAAUUGCUCCUUACGUGACAUGUUACAGUAAUAAAAGUCGAGAACGCGAGGGACACGGGAAGAGAGAACGAGCGUGCACGGCACGCUCGGUCUCUCGGCGACGAGGAAAGCCAGAGAAAUCGCGGGCUGCAUUAAAGAAAGAGAGAUUUUAUUCCUAAUCAAAAUGAAAAGUGAAAAAAAGAAUGGAGGAAAAAAAAGGAGAAUCCUGCCAUAUACCGCGUCUUCCACGAGAGAGAGACUAUGAACAUUGUCUUAAACGUAGUUUAACGUGAUCCCGUAAGUUAUAAAUUAUUCGCCGUUUUUUCGAGGCGAGCGUCGAUACAUGCGCCUGGAUGGAAUCGGUCCGAUGAAUCCGUUCGACGUGCGUAAUCCGGACAGGACGAAAACAGGUUGCACACGCAAUUUUUUGAAAGAAGAAGAUGCAAUAUGUAUAUGCAUCGUAGAAACUUGAACAAUCGCGUGGCAAAAGUGCACGAGAGACGAGAUUAAUCUUGAUUCCGUUCGCGCGGCUGCUCGUCCUCUCCCGCGUGUUAAUCUCGAAUCGACGCUCUCCGGGAAACUCGAGAAACAUUUCCCGAGCAUUUUCUCAGCGUUUCCCCACAUGCGAACCACAUACCGUCUACGCUUCUGGAAGAAAAAAGAGAGAGAGAAAGAGAGCUCAUGACGGAGCGUCUCUUAAGCCACGACAGGAAGGAUUACCGGCUUCUGGAGCGGAAGCUGCGAGAUCGCUCCCGCGAACGUCGCGGAUUCCGCGCGGCUUCUCGCGGUAUCGCACGCUGUAAAGAAAUGUAUGUGUGUAUAUAUAUAUAUAUAUAUAUGCAUGCAUGUAUAUACGCGUAUACUUAUACUGCACUAAUUUAGUAUUGCCGCUAAGUAUUACAACUAGUCACAUAAGCCAAAACGUUUGUUACUCUCGCAAGAAGUUUUCUUUUUUUUUCAGUUUUGUAAAAUAAACGAAGAUGAUGAGAAAAGAAAAACCCUCUCUCGAGGACAUAAUGUGUGUGCGUACCUCCCUCGAGUCCUCUUUCACUCACUUUCCAUGUAAGAUGAUCUCGCGAGUCGUCAUAACGACGCGCGUCCGCGUAACGACGCCGUCGUCAUCUCGACGCCGUUAUAUUUUUCCAAGACACGAUACGAUUUUGAUUUGUAAUUAUUCUGUAAUCAUGUAUUAAAGCGGUUAUUUAUUAGAA